AUGGCGCAGGAGACGUUCGCGUUCAGCUCGUCGGCCCUGCGCUCGCUGCGGCUGCACUGCCGCGACCCGGCCGUGCACAACGCGCUCUACGCCGGAGACCUGCUGCGCGUCAAGAGCAUCUUCAGGGACGAGAGCGCCGCCAACGUCAUCGUGGAGACGGUCACCGAGGAGCUGCUGUGGGAGCCCGAGCUGGGGCUGUGGGUGCUGAGCCCGCGCACGAAGCAGACGUCGCCGCUGCGCGUGGCCGCCGGCCGCGGCUACCGCGACUGCGCGCGGCACCUGGUGCUGCAGGGCGCCGCCGUGGACGCCGUGGUGGGCGGGCGGGCCGCGCUGCACGACUGCGUGGCCGGCGGCCACCUCGACUGCGCCCGCCUGCUCCUGGCCUUCGGCGCCGACCCCAACGUGCUCUGCGACGACGACGACGGGCUGGCCCCGCUGCACCUCUGCACCGACCCCCAGAGCCUGCCGUGCGCGGAGCUGCUGCUGUCGCACGGCGCGCGCGUCAACCUGAGCACGCGGCAGCGGCGGCUCACGGCGCUGCACGUGGCGGCGCGGCACGGGCUCGAGGCGCACGUGGAGCUCUACCUGCGGCACGGCGCCCGCGCCGCCGUCACCAACUGCGCCGGCUACACGCCGCUCGACUGCGCGCUGCACGCCGUGGACGAGCACCACGCGCAGCAGCCCGAGCGCACCAUCGCCCUGCUGCUCGACCACGGCGCCGGGCCCGUGCACCCCAAGAUGCUCCGGUUCUGCUGCCGCUGCCCGCGCGCUCUCGAGGUGGUGCUCAACGCGUGCGAGCGCGUGCCGCCCGCCGAGGGCUGGGUCGGUGCCGUGCCGCCGGAGCUGUGGCAGCCGGACGGCGCCAUCAAGGUGCGCCUCAAGUUCCUCAACGACGCCGAGGAGGUGGCCGUGGUGCGGCCCGAGGACACCGUGGGGGGGCUCACGAGCAAAUGCUUCCCGGGCCGGGAGAGCCGCACGAAGCUCAUCUACCGCGGGCAGCUCCUGCGGGACCCGGCCCGCACGCUGCGCUCGCUCCGCAUCGCCGACAACUGCGUCAUCCACUGCCACGUGGCGCCCGGUGCCGCCGCCGCGCCGCCCGCCGCCCGCGCCCCCGGCGGCCGCCUCGCCGUGCCGGCGCUCGCGGUGCUGCUCGCCGGCGCCUGGUACUUCCGCAUCAACUACCGGCAGCUCUUCACGGCGCCGGCCGCCGUGUCCCUGCUCGGCGUCACCGUGCUCUGCAGCCUGCUGGCGUUCGGCGUGUGCGGCCGGUAG